CCGGGAUAGAGAGAGUUGACAGGAGUGCCUGGUCACAGUUCAAGCUUUUCUCCUGCUGCUGGAAACGUGAACUGACAGAGACUCCGAGAGUGGAUCAUUCAAGCUGUUAGACUUCACAUCAUGAGUGGACCGACAAAUGUUCAGUACCAGUCAGGUCUUUACGGAGGAAACAACAACAGCAGCUCUCCUCUCUCCAGCCGUGGAAGUUCACCCAUCGUGUGUGAGCGCUGCGGGGAGGUUUGUCGCGGGGAGGUGGUGCGCGUCAAGAACACACAUUUCCAUGUUCACUGCUUCACCUGCCAAGUUUGCGGCUGUGACUUGGUGCACUCGGGUUUCUUCCACCACUCUGGAGAGUACAUCUGCACCGAGGACUACCAGCGGCUCUACGGGACCCAGUGUGACAGCUGCGACCAGUACAUCACUGGAGAGGUGGUAUCUGCCCUAGGGAGGACAUACCACCCACACUGCUUCGUCUGCAGCAUCUGCAGGAGUCCGUUCCCGAUUGGCGACAGGGUGACCUUCUGUGGGAAGAAGUGUGUGUGUCAGCAAUGCUCACACUCUCUGAACAGCGACAAGCCCGUCAAGGUCCAUGGACCAAGCUAUUGUGCAGGCUGUGGCGAGGAGAUCAAACAGGGUCAGUCUCUGCUGGCUCUGGAGAGACAGUGGCAUGUCAGUUGUUUUAAGUGCCGAACGUGCGGCUGUGCGCUCACUGGAGAGUACAUCAGCAAGGAUGGGAUACCUUACUGUGAGACUGACUACCACUCCCAGUUUGGGAUCAGAUGUGAGAGCUGUAACAGGUACAUCAGCGGCAGAGUACUUGAGGCUGGGGGGAAGCACUACCACCCCAGCUGUGCCAGGUGUGCCCGCUGUCACAUGAUGUUCUUGGAAGGAGAGGAAAUGUACCUUACAGGUUCAGAGGUUUGGCAUCCCAUGUGCAAAGAAGCAGCUCGGCUGGAGAGAAAACUGAGGCUGAGACGUACCUCUGAGACGGCGUCCAUUUCUUCUCCAGGCUCCUCUCCUCUCCUUGGCUCCCCUCACCGCCUUAUCUGUUCUAAGCCUGACGGUGAUGUUUUGGACUAUAAGCAGCUGGUGUCUCUGCCCAGGGUCAAAGCCAUAUAUGACAUCCAGCGGCCUGACAUCAUCCCUUAUCAGGCCGACCAUGCACACACAAACCACUCAGAUGACACUCUGGAGCGAUACAGCUGUGGGCAGUCAUUGAGCUCCUUAUCACCGUACUCUCAUGAUGUUUUGGACGGCGUGGAUUUGAGAACGAGGCGUUCCUCCAGCUCUGCCUUCACCGACUCUCCUGUGCACAGUCGCCAAGGAGGUUCCCCGCUGCAUUAUUAUCUCCCUGGCAGUGAGAGUGGCAGGAGUUCACCCUGUUACAGUCAGCCAGAGCCCAGGUGUGCCACACCCACCACCACCUUCCAAGUCCCCAAGCAUUUCCAUGUGCCAGCUUCUGAAGAAACCAACAUCUACAGGAAACUCCCCAUCUAUAAGAGACAAGACAUCUCUGCCUCUCCAACAGCGAAUAAGAGUAAGACCAAUGAGAAUCUCAUCAAUUCCAGUCGCCUUUCCUCCGCCAACUGUAACAGCAUUUAUCACCCAGGCUCCAACUACUAUCCCUAUACUGGCUCUCCAAAAGUCUCCAGAGUGAGGAGGUUUUCGUCUGGGGGAGAAGAGGAUGGAUGGAACCACAAUAUCAACAGGGGAAUUGGCAGGAUGAUUCUGAAGGAGGAGAUGAAGGCGCGGUCAGGUUGUCACGACAAUGACCCGUGGGGGAGCAGACGCAGUUCCCGCUGUAGCAGCAAGGAGGCACUGAACAAUCUGGGAUACAGCUCCCUCAAUGGCUCUCCCAGGUCCGUCUACAGUGCAGACAGCGACUCAUACAUUGCCAAAUCGGCCUCGUUGCCAGGCUAUGGCAGAAAUGGACUAAACAGGCCUGGGAGUGCGGGUGCAGAUUAUUACCAGCAUGACAGCAGCAAUGCAGUUAACUGGCAGAUCAGAGAAUAUAAGAUCUACCCAUAUGAAGCCCUAAUGGUGUCAGUCAGAGGACAGCAGCGUCUCCCCAGUGACGUGGACCGAGCCAGACUGGAGCGUCACCUCUCACCAGAGGAGUUCUUCAGAGUCUUUGGCAUGUCCAUGUCUGCCUUUGACCGUCUUGCUCAGUGGAAAAAGAACGAACUUAAGAAACAGGUCCGACUCUUUUGAGAGAAUGAAGUCACUGGGAC